UUGCUUCUUGUUUUUUGCAUAUUUGUUUUAGAAAGUUUUUUGAAAUGUUAAAAUAUUUCCAUUUUAUGCUUAAUACUUAAGUUUUACAUAUCAAAACGAAUCCGGUUCGAUUUAUAAUAAGAAAAUAACUUUGUUUACUUCAAAGCAUUUGUGCAGCUCGAAAUGUCGGAAUUUGUGGAAUAUACGGUGCCAAUUUGGCGAGGCCUUGAUAUGCGUCAAUUAAAAGUGGAUGAAGCUUACAUUAUCUUAAAAUCCUUUUAUAAUAAAGUGACCUAUUUAUAUACGCUUUCUGAUGCUUGUAACACGUGCCCUUACACUAAAGAGAAAGCGCUGCAGCCGAAUAUUCAUAAUGAAACAAGUUUCGAGCUCAACGCAAAUAAUGUUUUAAAAAUAAACACGGCACACCCGUACAGUUUCAAGUUAUUUGAAAAGGACGUGGGACGUUAUGCUUUUGAUAAUGAAUCAGCGCUUUCUACUUAUACUCAGAAGAUUAUGGAAGAAUUUGGUGUGUACAAUCUCACCUUUUAUGACAAUGGUACUAACACUUUUGAAACAGAUAAGAAAGGAGUUAAUGUGAACUUUUCCCUCUUAUCUGUUUUUGUUUUGGUUGGCCUAAUUCUACUAGUCAUCAAGAUAGCCAAUUGUGCUUGGCGUACAUAUCGUUAUGAGGAAACUGUUAGGGUUGCAGAAAAUGCACAAUCACAAUCUGACGAAGCUACAGUCACAGCACAAAGGAGACGUAUGCAAAGUUUAGAUGCAUUUAGGGGCGUAGCAAUUGUCCUCAUGAUAUUUGUAAACAGUGGUGGUGGUGACUAUUGGUGGAUUGAGCAUGCUCCUUGGAAUGGUUUACAUUUAGCUGAUGUAGUAUUCCCUUCAUUUUUAUGGAUAAUGGGUGUAUGCAUACCAAUAUCAGUGAAAUCUCAAAUGGGUCGAGGUGUUCCAAAACUGAAGAUUUGUCUUAAAAUAAUUGAGCGUUCUCUAAAGUUAUUUGCGAUAGGACUCUGUUUAAAUUCUAUUAAUGGGCCAAAUUUAGAAAAAUUACGCGUAAUGGGCGUUUUGCAAAGAUUUGGUAUUGCAUAUUUAGUUUGUGGAAUUGUACAUACGAUUUUUUGCAAAAGAGAUCAAAUACUUAUGCCACAGGUACCUUGGAAACGUACACUUUACGAUUUGAUCUUACUACGUGGAGAAUUUAUUACAAUGUUAACUCUGAUCGCUAUCUAUUUAGGCAUAUCUUUUGGUCUUUAUGUACCAAAUUGCCCAAGAGGAUAUUUGGGACCAGGUGGAAAACAUGACAAUGCAGCUUAUGUCACUUGUAUAGGUGGGGCUACAGGUUAUAUAGAUUUGCAGAUUUUAGGUGAUUCACAUAUUUACCAACAUCCAACAGCAAAAUAUAUUUAUGAUUCACAGGCAUUUGAUCCAGAAGGUUUAUUUGGUUGCUUAUUAACGGUUGUGCAAGUGCUCUUUGGAGUGUUAGCAGGCGUUAUUAUAUUAGUACAUAAUGCUUGGUACUCACGUAUUAAUCGUUGGUUACUUUGGUCGAUAUGUUUGGCUUUGUUAGGUGGUGCCUUAUGUGCUUUUACCAAGGAGGAUGGACUCAUACCAAUUAAUAAAAAUUUAUGGUCAUUGUCUUUUGUAUUCGUCACAUCAUCACUUGCUUUUGUUAUGUUGAGCGUAUUUUAUUUUGUUAUUGAUAUAAAACAUUGGUGGACUGGCUUUCCAUUUGUUGAAGCAGGUAAAAAUGCUAUUAUUAUGUAUGUGGGCCACACGAUAAUGCAUAAAAUGUUACCUUGGCAUUGGCGUAUUGGUGCCAUGAAUACACAUUUUGUUCUCUUGUUGGAGUCAGUUUGGAAUACCUUAUUGUGGAUAGCAAUAGCAUUAUAUUUAAACCAUAAAAAGUUUUAUUACAGUUUGUAA